UAGGCUACGCUGUAGUCGGCUUCUUGUUUUUCUUGUUUUGUAAAACUCACCCUUUCGACUCCAAAAUGAAUGCAAUUGCCUCACAACAGCCAAGGAUGUUAAACCCUGCACAGCCCGGACCAGCUGCAGCCAGCUCUCUACCACAGGUGGACAGAGAGAAGAUUUACCAGUGGAUUGUCGAGCUGACCAGUCCUGACACCAGGGAGAACGCUCUACAGGAGCUCAGCAAGAAGAGAGAAGUUGUGCAAGACUUGGCACCUAUGUUAUGGCAUUCUUUUGGAACCAUAGCUGCUUUGCUGCAAGAGAUCAUCAAUAUUUACCCAGCCAUAAACCCUCCUCAUUUGACGGCUCAUCAAUCUAACAGAGUGUGCAAUGCCCUCGCUCUGCUCCAGUGUGUUGCCUCCCAUCCAGAGACCAGGUCUGCUUUCCUACAAGCUCACAUACCAUUGUUUCUGUAUCCAUUCCUACAUACGGUCAGCAAGACACGGCCUUUUGAGUACCUCCGGUUGACCAGCCUAGGGGUCAUUGGAGCUCUUGUCAAGACUGAUGAACAAGAAGUGAUCAACUUUCUGCUUACCACCGAGAUUAUUCCCCUUUGUUUGCGGAUAAUGGAAGCGGGCAGCGAGCUUUCAAAAACAGUAGCCACAUUUAUCCUCCAGAAGAUACUCCUGGAUGAAACGGGUCUGUCCUACAUCUGCCAGACCUAUGAGCGCUUCUCACACGUGGCCAUGAUUCUGGGUAAGAUGGUGCUUCACUUGUCCAAAGAGCCUUCAGCCAGACUCCUCAAGCAUGUGGUCAGGUGCUAUCUACGAUUAUCUGAUAAUCCCAGGGCUCGUGAGGCAUUACGGCAGUGUCUCCCUGACCAGCUGAAGGACAACACAUUUGGGACAUGCCUGAAGGAUGACAACUCCACCAAACGCUGGUUGAUGCAACUCCAGCAGAAUCUUGAGACGCCCAGUGUACCAGACCCACGUGGUAUGCCGUUACAUCAACAACAAUGACUAGUGUAAUCCUUCAGCAACACAAACUGAUGUUCCCCAGGCCUUAAACAAGUUUUAACAAAGCCUCAUGGAGGUUUUAUUCGUAAACGAUGUCAUAUUAUUCAGCCGAAAAAGGAGAAAGUGUACACUUAUGGAGAAAAAGAUGCCAUUGGUCAAAUUUACACAAACUGUGCUGGACAGAAGUGGAAAUUUCAAACUUUGUUGAAACCUUUGUUUGUUCAUCCCGGAAAUUUAUUCCAGUAUAGUUUGACCUGUUUAAUUGUAUCAUCCUCAGUCAACAAAUAUCCGGUUCAGUAAAUUUUGCCAUUUGUUUGAUAAAUUUGCAUCCCCACCCCCAAAUCAUGUGCUGGACAGGCUAGGGCUGAUGAUCAUCUCCUGUCAGUUCACUGGAGUGAGAAUUCAAAACACCUUUCCCUAAGCUAUCAAUCAAAGCCUGUCCAAAAAACUGUUUUUCAGGCUUUGAAUAAAACAAUGUCAGAAAUGUGUUUUUUCCCAGCUUACAAGUAAAAUUUGUCAGAAAUUCAGUUUUCUCAGCUUUAAAAGCUGCAAAAGGGUGUCUGAAAAGGUGGUUUUUGGCCAGCUUUAUAAUACCAGUAAAAAACAGGGUAUCCAUUUUUUUGUGUCAUGGGUUAUUAUGAUAGCAGUUUCAGAAAUACUUGGAUUCUCAACACUUCAGUUUACAAUCCCCCCUCUCUUUCAGUGAAAUUGUGACCAAUUCACUGCUUCGUCUUUUCUCUUCAGUCUUGAAAGGAAAAAGAUAGACUCUAAGGUGAUCAAAUGAAUCUUUGCUUUGAUCAGACAUGUUUUGUUAACAACACAUCAGUUUUGUUAUAGUGUAGCAAUAUUUAGAAGGAUGGCAUUUUGUGGUUGUGGGUUUCCACAAAGAUUCACGUUUGGUCAAAGCGUGCUCGAUUCGUGGCAGGUUGGUGAGAAUUCGUGCGAAUGCCACGCGGGUUUAAGGUCAUUUAUCGGAUGUCCAAAACUUUAUUUGGAAGGAACGUCAGUAAAGAUUAUAGUUGUGUUGUUGAUAUAGACUGUUUCAAGUGACAUCAUGUUGCAGUGGGUCUUGUGUCAGAGGUGUAGAAAGCGAGCUGUACAUAUCGAAGUAUGUUCUGGUCAAAUGAUAGUGAUGGACAGUGUGCCGUCAGCAACAAGAGCAAAAUUAAAACUACUUUUGAGUCCAUGUUUUUCAGGUUGUCCGCGAAUGUAGCGUAAGAAUGUAAGAGAUGUUUGACAGAGGAGUAUUCUUCAACGAUUUUGUUGAUUUCUUUAUUUGUAUUAUUUUUUGUUUUGCCAUGUUGCACCAAAGUGAAAAGUGCACAGAUUUUACGUGCUAUUUAAAUUCAGGUGCUGAACGUUUAUGCAUACUCAAGGAACUGAGGUUUGGUUUAAUUGUGUAAAGGUGGAUUAUACCCGAUAAGGGUGCAUUUUGGUGCCCUUCUCGACUGGGUGAUGCUUUGAUUAUUUUUGCAAGUUGGAGUGAACAAGAAGUUAGUUUUUUUAACCACAAUUAUGUUAAUUUGAAACAGUGUUCUCGUGCAUUUUACGAUUUUCUCCGAAGGGAAGCCGUUUUGUUUAUUAAGAGAUGUUAACAGAUGUUAAGUAUUAUUCAUUUAGUACGAAUUUCUCAGUUUCCUGGAGCAUAAUUAAGAUAUAACGUUAUGUAAUAAAAGCUUAUUUUUUUAACAGCAGGGCUGUAAAUAUUUUCCUUAAAAUUAUCAGGCCGUUGGAAAAAGAGCCCGCAUGAGCACAGACUUGGCUAAAAAGAAUGUUGUUUGAACAA